AUGGCUACGCUUCGUCUAUUAACAUUACUUGCAUUAAAUAUCUUCUGUUCAAUAGUUAUCGCACAAAAUAGACCAUGCGAACCUUGCGAUCCAAGUAAAUGUCCAUUGACCUUGGAUAAAGAAUGUCUUGCUGGAUUGACACUCGACAAAUGUGGUUGUUGUCAAGUUUGCGCUCAACGCGAGAGUGAAUUUUGCAAUCACCCAGAAAUCCCAUCAAGCAAACAAUAUGAAGCAUGUGGUGAAAAUCUUCAAUGCAAACUUCGCAUGGAUCAUCGCGGAGUAGCUCGUGAAGCUCGAUGUGAAUGUAAUGAUCAAGUUGAAAUGUGCGGUUCCGACGGUAAAACUUAUCGUAAUUACUGUCAUUUAAUGGAAUCAAGCAAGCUUGCUAAAGCUGAACAAAAACCAGCUAUUAAAGUUUUCAAACGUAAACCAUGUGAUUCAGCACCUGAAAUCACAUUACCACCCGUAAGUGUUUCAAACAAAACAGGAAGCAACGUGUUUUUGACAUGUGAAGCUGCUGGUGUCCCAUUACCCGUUGUUGAAUGGGUUUAUACAGCAACAACAGGCAAACAAGUUGUCUAUCCAACUGAUGACGAUCGCAUCUCAACAUUAGUUCGAGGUGGACCCAAUGCUCAUGUUCUUACAUCAUGGCUUCAAAUUCAAUCAUUACAACCCAUUGAUCAAGGUACAUAUACAUGUGUUGCAAGCAAUACAUUAGGUCGAGUUGAGAAAUCGUGUACUGUCAAUGUUGAAAUUGUUCGCGAUCUUUAA